AGGCGCAAAAUGACGUCAGACGUACGACGUGCACCGGAAAUUUCCAGCAGUACUUUCUAGAAUUUCUUGAGUAGCUAACCCGAGUGAAUCAGUUUUCAUUUUAGAUUUCAUCUUGGCAAAACGACGGGUCUUCCAACUCACUUUCGAGUUAAGCAUCUUUGCUUCUUAGAUUCGGCAGGCAGCGGAUCGCACUAGCUUCUUUAAUCAUGUCCAAAAUAGACUACAGCGUGUGGGACCACAUUGAGGUGUCGGACGACGAAGAUGACACCCACCCAAACAUCGACACUCCGAGCCUCUUCAGGUGGAGACACCAGGCCCGCGUGGAUCGAAUGGAAGAAUUCCAGCAAAAAACACAAGACCUCAACAAGGGACUCGCCGAGUGCCGACGCAAGAUGUCAGAAGUACAAAAGAAAAUCCAGGAGCUGAGCGUAUCGGCGACGGACGAGAGCAAAGCCGAUCUGAGCAAAGUGCAGGCGGAGGAGAAGAAACUGAAGAAGGAGCAGCGUGACUGGGAGAGGAAGGUGGAAGAUCAUGCUCGGGAAGAGAAAAAGAUGCCGUGGAAUGUGGACACGCUGAGCAAAGAAGGCUUCAGCAAGAGUGUUGUCAACGUCAAACCCGAAGCGUCGGAGGAGUCCGAAGACGACAAAGAGAAGAAGCAUAAGACCUUUGUGGAAAAACAUGAGAAGCAGAUCAAACAUUUUGGCAUGCUGCGGCGCUGGGAUGACAGCCAAAAGUACUUGUCUGACAACCCUCAUCUGGUGUGCGAGGAGACAGCCAACUACCUGGUCAUUAUGUGCAUUGACCUCGAAGUGGAGGAGAAACAUGCCUUGAUGGAGCAAGUGGCUCACCAGACCAUCGUCAUGCAGUUCAUACUGGAGUUGGCGAAAAGCCUCAAGGUGGACCCCCGAGGAUGCUUUCGUCAGUUUUUUGCCAAGAUCAAGACAUCAGAUCAGCAAUAUCAGGAUGCGUUCAACGACGAGCUGGAGUCUUUCAAGGAGCGAGUGCGCGGCAGGGCCAAGAUUCGCAUCGAGAAGGCCAUGAAGGAGUACGAGGAGGAAGAGCGACAGAAGCGCUUAGGACCCGGCGGACUCGAUCCCGUUGACGUCUACGAGAGUCUACCACAGGAGAUGCAGAAAUGCUUUGACGACAAGGACAUCCAAAUGUUACAAGACGUUAUUAGCAAAAUGGAUCCAACGGAGGCCAAAGUGCACAUGAAGCGCUGCAUCGAGUCCGGACUUUGGGUGCCCAACUCCAAGCUGGGCGACGGCGACGACAAAGAUGAAGAGGCCGUCUACGAGGACGUGAAAGAGGAGCCUGAAGACGCCAAGCAGGACUGACGGGGGGAGCCUUUGCGAAUGUACUUAAUUAAACCCUGCUGCAAACUCAUAGCAACUCUCUUAGGUGUGCGACUAGUUUGCCUCGUGAGAAAAACAAAGAGCUUGACACACACAUCGAGCUUUUCAGUAAUGGUUUGGCUGUCACACAAUUCCCCGCAUUCUUGAUGAAUUCUGCUUGGGAAAUAACCACGGCUUGUUUGAGUUGUUGUUUUUUGUUUGUUUUUUUAUAUAAUACUUGGACACAAAAUUUGUUCUGUACGCUUGAGGUACCCUACCGUUGAAACGUUUGGGGUCACUUAGAAAUGUCCUUGUUUUUUUUAAAUAAAAUUGCAGUUUUCAGGAAUCAGGAAAAGCCCAUUUCCCCAGCAACCAUCCCUCCAGUGUUCUAAUAGUUCAUUGUGUUCCCUUGUGCAAUUAUGUUAGUUUUUAUGGAAAACACUAAAUUGCCAGGGUGACUCCAAACAUUUGAACGGUAGUAUAUGUAUUAUUGUUGACUCUUAUUUCCCCUUCAAACACGUUUGUUUUUAUUUUUUUAGAUGUAGAACUUCUGCAGUCGGUGUAGUUUGGUUGUAUAUUCCCACCAAUUUUAUAUAAACUUAGAAAGGUUUACCCAAAAUCUAAA